UGGUACGACUGCAGGUUAUACGACCAAGUCGCCGCGUAUAGUCCACUCCAGUGAAAGGAAAAAUAUUUCAAAACAUUGGAAGUCGUUAAGAAAUGAGAUAAAAUUUUAAUUUGUUAUUUAUUUCGUAAAUUAAAUAUUUAAAAUUUUUGAAUAAGUUAUUCAUAGAAGUAUGGAGAGUUUCGCAUCGCAAUCCGCCUUCGGGCCACACUUUGCGGCUCUAUCCAAUGGGUCCGUCACAGAUAAGGUUACACCCGACAUGGCACAUUUAAUUCAUCCAUACUGGAAUCAAUUUCCAGCUAUGGAUCCCAUUUGGGCUAAAAUUUUAACUUUCUAUAUGAUCUGUAUUGGUUUUAUUUCAUGGUGUGGAAAUGGCGUGGUGCUCUAUAUUUUUUCAACAACAAAAUCCCUACGCACUCCUGCAAACCUUUUGGUUAUCAAUUUGGCAAUAUCCGAUUUUGGUAUUAUGAUUACAAAUACGCCAAUGAUGGGAAUUAAUUUGUACUUCGAGACCUGGGUGCUUGGUCCUAUGAUGUGCGAUAUUUAUGCUGCCUUAGGCUCUGCCUUUGGUUGCAGUUCAAUUUGGUCGAUGACAAUGAUCGCACUUGAUCGUUACCAAGUUAUUGUUAAGGGUGUUGCGGGUCGGCCAAUGACUAUAAAAUUAGCUUUAAUGAAGAUUGCAUUCAUUUGGGCGAUGGGUAGCAUAUGGACUCUAGCCCCUGUGUUUGGCUGGAGUAGAUAUGUCCCAGAGGGUAAUUUAACCUCAUGUGGCAUUGAUUAUUUGGAGCGCGACUGGAAUCCACGCUCUUACCUCAUUUUCUACACCAUUUUUGUAUAUUACAUUCCAUUAUUCCUCAUAUGCCACUCCUAUUGGUUUAUUCUUGCUGCCGUUUCAGCUCACGAGAAAGCUAUGCGUGAACAAGCCAAGAAAAUGAAUGUCAAAUCAUUGCGCUCAUCUGAGGAUGCAGAAAAAAGCGCUGAAGGUAAACUUGCAAAAGUUGCAUUGGUAACAAUUUCACUGUGGUUUAUGGCAUGGACACCAUACACUGUCAUUAACAAUAUGGGCCUUUUCAAAUUUGAAGGACUGACACCAUUGAAUACAAUCUGGGGUGCAUGCUUUGCAAAAUCUGCUGCAUGCUACAAUCCAAUCGUCUAUGGUAUAAGCCAUCCUAAAUAUCGUCUUGCACUUAAAGAAAAAUGUCCAUGCUGUGUAUUUGGCAAAGUUGAGGAUGCUAGCAAGGCUAGUGAUGCACAAUCACAAGCCACAACAAAUGAAAAUGAAUCAAAGGCAUAAAUCUAUUAAUAUUGGAGCAACAACAAUAGCAUCAACAACAGCGAAAUCAACAACUAAAACAACUGCAGCAACAGAACGAAACGCUUUCGAGUUAGUUAUAAAAAUAAUUUGAUAUUUCUAAAAAGUAUUAAAAAGAUAAAGAUAUUUACUAAAUGCAAUGUCAUAAAGACUUUAAAAAAACUAAAAAAAAUAUAUAUAAACAUUAAUAAAGCAAGAAAA